UCUCUCAGGCUGAAGGGCGAGCUGGCAUACAAUUACAAAGGACCAAGAACCAAAGACGACAUAAUCGAGUUCGCCAACAGAGUGGCUGGCCCGGCCGUGCGAUCGCUCCCGAGUCGACAGAUGUUUGAGCACGUCUUGAAGAGGCACAGUGUUCUGUUUGUGUAUGUCGGAGGGGAAUCUCCUCUUAAAGAGAAAUACAUCGAGGUGGCGGCUGAGCUCAUUGUCUACACAUAUUUCUUCUCUGCAUCUGAAGACGCCUUAACAGAGUCUGUGACUCUGCCUGAAUUGCCUUCAGUGGUCGUCUUCAAAGAUGGAAACUAUUUCACGUAUGAUGAGUAUGAAGAUGGCAGCUUGUCAUCCUGGGUAAAUCGCGAGCGUUUCCAGAGUUAUCUGCCGAUCGAUGGCUUCACGCUGUACGAGCUGGGAGAAACCGGUAAAUUGGUGGCGAUUGCCGUUACUGACGAGAAGGAUCCGACAGAGAAAAGCAUGAGGUUAAAAGGUCUGAUCCAGAGAGUGGCUGCGGAGCACCGGGAUCAGUUCAACAGGGAUUUCCAGUUUGGCCACAUGGACGGUAACGACUACAUCAACAGCCUGAUCAUGAGUGAGGUGCCGGUGCCCAGCCUCCUCAUCCUCAACACCUCGAACGAGCAGUACUUCGUGCCGGAGGAGCCGGUGGAGAGUCUGGAGCAGAUGCUGAUGUUCUUCACCAGUGUUCUGGACGGCAGCGCUCCGGCUUAUGGAGGAGAUGGAAUAUUCCAGAGGAUCAAGCGUGUGGCGUUUGAUGCCCGAUCCACAAUAAUGUCUGUGUUCCGCAGUUCUCCGCUGCUCGGCUGCUUUCUCUUCGGUCUGCCUCUCGGCGUCAUCAGCCUGAUGUGUUACGGCAUCUGUACGGCCGAGUCUGACGACGGGUCCGAGGACAUGAUGAAGAGAGAAGCCCUCACCGAUGAAGAGGAGGAGGAGGAGGAGGAGGAGGAGCAGAGACUCACUGAGGGAACGCCACUCGCAGAAGACCAUGGAGAACCGGUUCAACACAAGAAUCCAAGUGAAAAAAAGGUCGAUUAACGAAGGUGGAGAAGCAAGCGGAGGGAGCGAACGCCUCGGAAGAGGAAACCAUGGCCUAGAAUUUCCUCACGGGUUUUCAUGGGAUUAUUUUCAUUAUCCCAUUUCUUCAUUUUCAUAAUUUUCCUUAUUGUUCAUCAAAUUGAAAGAUUUGCCUGCGACAGCUUCGAGACGAGCAACAGAGCUCCACGUAUGAUUUACAAAACACACAUGGACCGAAACAAACACUGUUUUAAAGUUAAGUGACAUUAGUCCUUUCUGCUUAUUAAUACUCAUUAUUGUAAUGUGCCCUUAUGAUCCAUGAUCUACAGUCACUGUAAAUCCUCCAACGGUUGAAACGUGCGAAAACGAUUGAUAUCUGAAUGGA